AGCUCGGUGUUCGGUUAAUUAAAGAUGCUGCGACAAAAUAUUUUUCACAAAAAUAUAUAUUUCGUUGAUAGAAAUUAUUGGAUAAAGAAAUAUUCAGAGCCGCCAAAAAUAUUUGGAGAUAGCAGACUGCCUCCGAGUGUACGAACAUCAUUCAUCUGAAAAUGAGGUUCUUAGAGGCUGUCCUCGUGCUCUCUAAUGGCUUUCUAGAUUUGCUUCCUCUCUCUCACCGCAAUCGCUUCAAUCAUAGUUAUGGUCCAACGUCCACUUUUCCCAGAAACCUCUUCCCGACGUCAUUGCCCAAAGAUUCCUUCUUAUCGACUCGACAACCGAACCCAAAGAGUAGUUACAAUGAUCCCGACAAAGAUGCAUUCGUAUCACAUUGUUUGAGCAAGAGGAAGCUCAACCUCGCAAUUCUUGCAGUCUUUUCAUAUGGGUUUUUGCCAAGCAUGACAGAGUCUAUAUUUGCUGAAGAAUUGGAGCUCCAAAGGUACACAGAUGCCAAGGAGGGUUUCACUCUCCUCAGACCCUCUUCUUGGAUCCAGGUUGAUAAAGCGGGGGCAGCUGUUCUUUUUGAGGAGGCAAAUAAGGGAAGUAACAAUGUUGGGGUUGUAGUAAACCCUGUUCGUCUUACAAGCCUCGGAGAGUUUGGGAGUCCUCAAUUUGUAGUAGAUAAGCUUAUACAAGCUGAAAGGCGCAAGGAAAGUACAAAUGGUGCUGAGGUAAUUUCAGCCACAGAGAGAUCUAGCCAGGGAGGCUUACAAGUGUACGAGUUUGAGUAUAAGGUGGACAGCACAAGGGGAGGAAUUAAAAGGAUCUUUUCAGCUGCAUUUGUGGCCUCAAAGAAACUCUACCUUCUAAAUAUUGCUCACUCAGACAAACCAGAGAGUCCUCUUGAAGUCCACACAAGAAAGAUGUUGGAGCAAGUUCUUCAUUCAUUUGAUGCAGUAUCUUUAACAUGACAUUGCAGCAGCUUCUUGUGUCAAGGUGACUUCAUUUUUUAUGCCUUUGCUUGAGUCUGCAAAAGCCAAGAUGGCAAUGCUCCAGAAUGGAAUUGAUCUUUGCUGAUGGGAUCUAAACAAUGGAGAAUCAUCCUCUGAGGCAUUGAACAAGAACAGACUCAUCUUUUAAGGCUUUAACAAUCCCUUCAAGAGGUGGUGAACAAUAUGACAGGUGUUUCUGAAUUUGCUGAGAGUUUGAUUUUGUUCAUUUUUAUUUGGGUAACAGUCUUGAGCAGUAAAAUAAUACUGUUUGCUUUUUUUAUUUUUUCUUUUUCUUAAUCUUAAUUAUUUGACUAAAACUUCUUCAAUAAAUUCCUUUUUUUAUUUUAAACA